CAGUGAUGCUCGGGUGUGUGGACUAGAGUCAAGUCCAACUGACUGAUCCUGAAAACCUGCACGUGGCAAGGGACUGCCUUCUUUUGCUUUCAAGCACCCCCCAGCCUGCAGCAGCCUCAUUCCGUGAGAGGAAGCGAACGAUGAGUUCUCCUUUCCCCAAAAGCGAGUCUACUACUUCUCUGCUGAGAUCCUCGGGGCUUAACCGUAAGUCGGGUCCACAGGAUCACCGAAGCCAGCACCGCGUCCAGCAUCACCCAACCGGUGGCGAGGAUGCAGGCUGGACCGAGGACUGCGAGAGUGCGCGGAGACCUCUUUGCCAGCCUAGACACGCAGAGUCUCGAAGUGUAGGAAAUCACCGAGGGCAGAAGAGUCACUCUCACCGGCAGGCGAGCCUCCAGGAUGAGGGGUAUGCUCAGGAGGAAGCGAGGCACAGGACGAGCCGGCUCCAGAAAGAGCGAAGCAAGUCCACCAGGACCAGGCAUCAUCCUCACGACUCCUCCCGAGGUGAGCCGCCUCCCGCAGCGCAGCUCCUGCGCGGCUCCCCGCAAGACAGGACUUCUCCGGUUCCGUCCUACCCAAAAGGACAGGAAGAUGCGGAUUUCUUCUUCGAGCCCAAAGAGAGGGUGAUUACCGGGUCUUCCUCGAGCCUCAGCUCCGACCCACCUGCGACCAGAGCACCUGCAAAGUCCAGACGCACAUCUAAGAGAGUGAGCAUAACCGCGUCUGACUCCGUCCUCCAUCCCAUAGUGAAGUCAGUCUUUGGGCAGGACCAAAAGAAGAACUACAAGGCAGUGCAGUCCUGUGAGGAGGGGGGAUCUGGGGGGGCCUAUCUUGAGCCGCUAGUGGCCCUGGCCCAGAACGGAGCCAGCAUGCACACCGUACUGGGGCCUGCGUGCAUCUUUCUACGCAAAGGCUUCGCUGAGAGCCGGCAGGCUGACCGAGAGUUGAGGCCCGAAGAAAUGGAUGAGUUGCGUGAGGCUUUUAAGGAGUUUGACAAAGACAAAGAUGGGUUUAUCGGCUGUAAAGACUUGGGGAACUGCAUGAGAACUAUGGGAUACAUGCCAACAGAGAUGGAACUUAUCGAACUCAGCCAGCAGAUCAACAUGAAUUUGGGGGGACAUGUUGACUUUGAGGACUUUGUUGAACUCAUGGGGCCCAAACUUCUGGCUGAAACUGCAGACAUGAUUGGGGUGAAGGAGCUGAGAGAUGCAUUCAAGGAGUUUGACACUAAUGGUGACGGCCAGAUCAGCACAGCAGAACUCAGAGAAGCAAUGAAAAAACUUUUAGGACAACAGGUCGGACACAGAGACCUGGAGGACAUCCUACGAGACAUCGACCUCAACGGAGACGGGCAUGUGGACUUUGAAGAGUUUGUGCGGAUGAUGUCUCGAUGAGUUCCUGACAGAAAAUCGACAUGGCCUCUGGUAACGAAAGCACGAGGAAAGAUAACAGCACGGAGCACCAAUGGAUCUCUAACUACUGAGCUUUCAAUGAAAACUUAAACAUAUCAACCCCGCCCUGAAACUGCCAUGCUGAAGCACCAGGCUGUUAACCACAGCCAAGAAGUAACACUGUUGAUUUUUUUAGAACAUAAUCAAAGCCAACAGCUGCAUUUGUAACUUUUGCAAAGUUUAUUUCAAAACACAUUUUCCUUAAUAAUACCAACAUCCUUGAUGCUGAUGUUGAAUCAAUGGGUAAAACUGGAUGUUUGGGUGAGAUGCUCAAACACUGUUAAUAAAUGUAGCAUUUAAAUACACAUUUUUAACUACAGCUGUUAGCCAGCAAACAUCUGAACUAACAUUGCACAUUUUUCUCUACAGCAGAGGACAUCUCAAGCACAAACACAAGAUGGCAAUAUAAAAAUAUGUUAUGUGAUUCUGUCAAAGAUGUGUGUUUUGUGCUUACUGUUGUCUCUCUCCAACCUACUGUAGGUUUAAUAUGUCCCCUAAGACUAUUGUCAUACCCUGGUUAAGGAAAGCCAAUAUUUGUUUUGUAAUUAUGUACUAUGUAGCACUAAUGCAGUUCUUCUGACUAAUAACAUUAUGCCUAUCUUACUGUGAUAAAUGUCAUUUUCCGUGUGCAUCAACUGCAAAAAAACCCUUGAAGGAAAUUCUCUUGAGUUACAGUGAGUUUCUAAUCUUGACUACUGCAAUAUGCCUUUGUUAUUACACGUAUGUUUUAUUUAUUCAGAGUUCUGCUCGCAUUAAUACACAAAGUUUGACAGAGUAUCUACCACAGAGCGUUAAAACUAAACUGUACAUGAAAAACAAGUUAUUUUUAUGCUUUAUUUUUUUGCAGAGAGCUUUAUGAACUUUGCCUGUUUAUUGGGGUAUCGUGAGUCUAAACAAUCCUGAAGUGAUUUUCACUUUUUUAACUUUAAUACCUCAAGAUGAAUUGAGCAAUCAACCUCAUCCACUAAACUGCCCCUAGCAUAAACUCUAAUAUCAUUUUACCCUUCUGCCAUCAUUAUCUAUACUUGUGAAGAAGCCGCUUUUGCUUCUUUAUGAAAAAAGCCAAAGAAAGUUUACAAGAAAAAUAUGAGUCUAUUCAGUGUAUUAAAUGUAUACAGUGCAUUUUAGAAAUAUACAAUCCAUUGGAUUUUAUAUUUUGAAAUGGCAGCUUGAAAGGCCCUUCCAGGGUGAUGGGGCAGCUCAAUUAUAGUUUGACUGUUCAUAAAUGGACAUUGGGGCAUAUGCAUGUUAUAAUGUUGAGACAUUCUUCCAAAGGGAAAUCUUACUUUGUGUUUUUACUUGUCUUAAGUGUGUGAAACUAUGCAUGCAAGAAUCAACUGACAUUUGUAGCAGAUUAAAUAAAGAUUUUUAUUGGA